AUGUACAGUGUGGUCAUCUUUAAUCGCUUCGACUGUUGUCAAAGUCGACUCAACCCCUUCAACAUCCACAUCGGGGAUUCCAGCCAGAUCACCUUGAACCCCAAGUGUGGAGGGGACCAUUACAUCGACUUGAGCCAGCCGUCCAUUUCCGUCUCAUGUCAGGGGAUGUCGGGGCGGUACGUCGGCGUCGUUCUCCCCGGCUCCUCACGAACCAUGACCCUGUGUGAGGUCCAAGUAUUUGAAGGUAGCGCUGUGCAAUGUCCGACACUAUCCAACCCAUCAAACGGCGGCGUAAGCUACAGCUCCAGGAACUACGGAGAUGUGGCCACCUACUCAUGUAACACAGGAUACAGCCUGAAUGGCUUCUCUACACGGACCUGCCAGUCUUCAGGGUCCUGGAGUAACACCGCACCAACCUGCCAGGCUGUGCAAUGUCCGACACUAUCCAACCCAUCAAACGGCGGCGUAAGCUACAGCUCCAGGAACUACGGAGAUGUGGCCACCUACUCAUGUAACACAGGAUACAGCCUGAAUGGCUUCUCUACACGGACCUGUCAGUCUUCAGGGUCCUGGAGUAACACCGCACCAACCUGCGACGCUGUCCAAUGUUCGACACUAUCCAACCCAUCAAACGGCGGCGUAAGCUACAGCUCCAGGAACUACGGAGAUGUGGCCACCUACUCAUGUAACACAGGAUACAGCCUGAAUGGCUUCUCUACACGGACCUGCCAGUCUUCAGGGUCCUGGAGUAACACCGCACCAACCUGCCAGGCUGUGCAAUGUCCGACACUAUCCAACCCAUCAAACGGCGGCGUAAGCUACAGCUCCAGGAACUACGGAGAUGUGGCCACCUACUCAUGUAACACAGGAUACAGCCUGAAUGGCUUCUCUACACGGACCUGUCAGUCUUCAGGGUCCUGGAGUAACACCGCACCAACCUGCGACGCUGGGCAGUGCCCCGUGCCGACGUCCCCUCCAAACGGUGCCGUAAGUUACAGCUCCAGGUACGACGGAGAUGUAGCCACCUUUUCUUGCGACCCAGGAUACAACCUGGUUGGUUCUUCUACAAUUACCUGUCAAUCAAACCUGCUCUGGAGUGGAGGCCCACCAACUUGCUCAGAAAAUUGA